AUGAGCAGAAUCAGGGGACGUCGUCUGGUGAUUUGAAGUUUCUCAAAUGUUUUCCAAUCUGCAGUUUUCCAGGGAUUCGUUGGAAGAAUCAUCGCUGACGAAAACCUUCUCUACCUUGCCAUGGUCAUCGAGAACAUUCUGGCGCUUUCUGUAAACGAUUUUCACGUGAGGAUAUUUCCGAAUGUAGUCCUCUUCUCAUUUAUAUCUUUUUUUCAGGCUCUACUACAGUAUUUGCAAGACGAAGUAGUGAUUCUGAAUGCGCGGCACCGUCAGUUCAACGCUCUUUUUCCCAGAUGA